CCCAAUGUUUGUUAUAAACUCAGUAAAGUUGCUAGAUAUCAGUUCAUUAUCUCAAUUGUGUUAGUUAAACUAUUAACUUUUAGAAAAGUAAAUAAUAUUAUAGUUCUUUGCUUUAACUAUAAUAUUAUUAUUGGUAUUUUAUAAAUAUGGGAGAUCAAGUAGUUGCACACGAAUCAGACAUUUCUGAUGUAGAGGAGGAGGAUAGUUUUUUUCAAGAUGUUGAUGUUCUUCAAAAUCAUGGAAUAAAUGUUGCAGACAUAAAGAAACUGAAGGUGGCUGGAAUAUGUACAAUUAAAGGUAUUCAGAUGUGCACUCGCAAAAGGCUGUGUAAUAUCAAAGGGUUUUCUGAAGCAAAAGUUGAUAAAAUCAAAGAAGCUUGUGCUAAGUUGUCAGCUAUAAGUUUCCUAACAGCUCUUCAAGUCAGUGAUAAGCGUAAGAAUGUUUUCCGAGUUUCAACUGGAAGCGAGGAGUUGGACAAGUUGCUGGGUGGAGGUGUGGAAUCGAUGGCCAUUACAGAAGCGUUUGGUGAGUUCCGCACUGGAAAGACCCAACUGUCUCACACACUCUGUGUAAUGGUCCAGAUACCCAGUGGUAACUACAGUGGUGGAAAGGUCAUCUUCAUAGACACAGAGAACACUUUCCGGCCGGAUAGGCUGCGCCCGAUCGCCCAGAGGUUCAACCUCGACCAGACUGCAGUUUUGGAUAACAUCUUGUAUGCCAGGGCCUACACCAGUGAGCAUCAGUUCGAGCUCCUGGACUAUGUGGCAGCCAAGUUCCACGAAGAGCCUGGUGUCUUCAAAUUACUGGUUGUGGAUUCUAUUAUGGCACUGUUCCGAGUGGACUUCAGUGGCCGAGGGGAACUGGCAGAUAGACAGCAGAAGCUGGCCCAGAUGAUGUCUCGUCUGCAGAAGAUUUCAGAGGAGUACAAUGUGGCUGUGUUUAUUACUAACCAGAUGACUGCAGACCCUGGAGCCACACUCACUUUUCAGGCUGAUCCGAAGAAACCAAUUGGCGGAAACAUUCUGGCCCAUGCCUCCACCACCCGCAUCUCAUUGAGGAAAGGUCGGGGGGAAACUAGAAUUGCCAAGAUUUAUGAUAGUCCUGAUAUGCCAGAGAAUGAAGCCACCUUUGCCAUCACAAAUGGUGGCAUUGCUGAUGCCAAGGAUUAAUUUUAAAUUUCUAUAGUCUAUAAAUUGUUGAUAAAUAUACUCUUGUAAAUGUGUACAUUGACUGCUAGUAAAAGUUAUUAUUGUAUGUUUUAGCUGUAAUAAAUAUUUACAAUAAUGUGAUUAAAAUAUAUUUAAGACACGGAUACUAGUCAGAAUGAUUGUUAGGAGUUCAGAUAUGGCAAAGAAUAAAGCCACCUUUGCCAUCACCAAUGAUGUCAUUGCUGGUGCUUAGAUUUAAUUUUAAAUCUUCUAUAGUCUUUGAACUGUUUAUAAAUAUUCUUGUAAAUGUAGAAAAAUUUCCUGUAAAAGAACAUGCAAAGGUCUAAGCACCAGCAACCUUAGGAUUAAUUUUAAAUUUUCUUUAGUCUAUAAAUUGUUAAUUAUUAUUCUUGUAAAGUAGAGAGAUUUCCUGUAUAAAUAAUUCAUUUAGUGAAUUUAGCUGUAAUGUUAGUUAAUUGUUACCAUUCUAAGAAUAAAAUACAAUUCAGGAAUUGAUACUAGUCAGAAUGAAUGUUAAUAAGUUGGACAUGGCAGAGUAUGAAGCCACCUUUGCCAUCACCUCUUACCAGAUAUUUAAUAUCCAUGAUUGUAAAUUUGAAAAUAUUGCAAGGGUUCCUGUAAAAAUUAGGGUUAGUGAAUUUAGCUAUAAUAAUGUAUUUUUUAAUUGUUGUUGUCAUGCUAAGAGUUUGUUUUAGACAUUUAAAGUGACUGAUAUCAGUUGUUUAAAUACUUUAGUAACCUGAAUGUGUUUUAAAAUUAAAUGCUUAUGUAAAUAAAGUUUGUUGUUUAUUUU